AUGUCGGAGCGUCUUGGGCAAAAGUCUGUCCUCAUUACAGGCUGCACGCCUGGGGGCAUCGGUCAUGGCCUUUGCCACGAAUUUCACAAGCGAGGCUUGCAUGUUAUCGCCACCGCUCGCGAUCUAUCAGUCUUGCAAGAAUUAGCGACCUUGGGCAUGAGCACCGUUCAGUUAGAUGUGACAGACCCUAUCAGCAUCAAGAACUGCCACAAAAUUGUCACCGGACUGACUGGGGGCCGUCUGGAUAUCCUGGUGAAUAAUGCCGGUCGCACACACACGCAUCCUGCGCUGGAUCUCGAUAUCCAAGACGUGCGGACAACAUUUGAGACCAAUGUCUUCGGGGUAAUGGCAAUGGUGGCUGGGUUUGCCGACCUUCUGAUUGAAGCGCAAGGCUUAAUCAUCAAUGUCGCGUCUUUGGCGGCGUUGGUGCCGUAUGCCUUUGGAAGUGCAUACUGUGCUAGUAAGGGGGCUAUCGUUAGUUAUAGUCGGACUCUGCGUCAGGAGCUGCGUCCGCUUGGUGUGAGGGUUAUGGUUUGCAUGGUCGGCACUGUGAAGUCGAACAUUCACAAUCGGGCGCAUAGGUCAUUGCCCGAGAACUCAGUGUAUCAACCCAUCAAGGAGGUUUUCCAGAAACGCCUGACAUUUGUCAACAACAACAGUCCAUAUGAUACCGAAUCAUUCUCCAAAGAGCUUGUUGCGAAUUCUUUGAGGAGUGAGUGGCCAUGGCUCGUCAGGAGUUGGGUGGGAAGACCUGACUGGUUCUACUAUGGUGGGUUAGCAUGGCUGUUGUGGUGGGGUUCGACUUUGUUUGGCGAAUGGGUGGUGGAUUAUGUGUGUUGGAGAAUGUUUGAAUUGUGGAAAUUGGAAAACUUGACAUCACGGGUUGAGGAGAUUCGCGAGACGCCUUCCAAGGUUGAAUAG